AUGACUAAAAAGUCUUCCCGCGCCCCGACGCUUAAUCUAGGGCAGUCAAAUUUCAGCGAUAGCUUAAACAGCCCUAAUACCUCUGGGCCCUUUGACACCUGUAUCCCCUUUAUCUUCUACCGGAUCAACGUUCAAAGUACGGACACUGGUGAUGCCCCGCCAACUCCAGGUCUAACAGCGAUUCCACCGUUCCCAUCCUCGCCUAGGGACUCUACAAAACACGGGAGAGAUACUUCUAAAUCCUUCUUUACGAACUUCAAGGCUUCCAGAUCCACCCAUAAAAUCAACUAUUCUGAUAAUUCUAUCGGACGGCCUGGGGAAGAAAAACCCGUUAGUAGAGGCAGCUCAAAGGAUAGGACGGCUCAUAAGACCAAAGGACACAACAGUCCUUCACCAGGUCUCCCUAAAACCUCCUCAAGUAGCGGGAAAAGCAAAGGAGAGAGUUUCGGUGACAAAUCUCAGAGCGGCCAGCAGAGCGCAAAUGGGAAGGCAAAUGAAAAUAGCGAGCAACAACAACAACUAACAACCAAGAAAAGCAAGCCUAGGUUUGCUAAUCUUCUCGCCCGAAGCCGGUCUAUUCGCGUUGAUGAACCUUUCUCUGGCGGUCGUCCAAGUGCCACAAGGCGGCCGUCUAACGGACUGCUUCGACUUGAGGAAAUCAGCAGAGAAGAGGCGCAAGCGUCCCUAAAAACUGCUCCCUUGCAACCUGAACGAUCGUUCAAUGACGCCAUGGGUUCGACCGUACGCAAUCGGUCUGCGGAUCGACCGCCUGUUGAGGAACGCAACAACCAUUCAAGGAGAGACCGAGCGCACGGGGGUGCAACGGUUAACUCUCCGUUUAACCAGGUCACGAGUUCAUCUCUGUUCAACAAUUUAAAGCAGUCCUCGAGCGGGGCAGCAGAUCGACUGGGAGAGCCGGGAAAGGGAUUUUUGGCCAAAUUCACUAAAACAGGCUACUAUCUGAAUUUCAAAGGUUGCGAAGAAGAAGGAUUGUACCGCGUACCUGGCAGUGGUAAAGAUAUCAAACAUUGGCAGAGACGAUUCGACACAGAACUUGACAUCAACUUAUUCGACGAGCCGGAAUUGUACGAUGUCAACACGAUUGGGUCAAUGUUUAAAGCGUGGCUUCGCGAGUUGCCGGAUGAAAUAUUUCCUAAAGCAACACAAGCUAUGAUUGCAGAAAAGUGUCCUGGAGCCACCAAAGCGCCGCAACUUUUAAAGGACGAAUUAUCCAAACUCCCACCCUUCAACUAUUACCUCUUGUUUGCCAUAACAUGCCACUUAAGCCUCCUCCAUUCAUAUGUCGAUAAGAACAAGAUGGACUAUCGCAAUCUCUGCAUUUGCUUUCAGCCAUGUAUGAAAAUUGACGGGUUCUGCUUCCAGUUCCUAGUCUGCGAUUGGAAAAAUUGCUGGCAGGGCUGUUGGACCGAGAAAGAGUAUCUUGAAAAGGAGCUGGAGCAUGCACGGCAAUUAAAAGAGGCAGCUUUGAACAAAACAACCCCUCCCGCCGCUUCAGCCACGGAGACAGCUGAAGAAAGGGCAAUCUCUUCCUCGGGCAGCAGUCACCCGAUGGAUCACGAGGCGUCUAGUGGCACGACCACCAAAGCUUCUAGCCGUUCGGGGAGUUUAAAAAAGGGCCGUAAGACGCCCCCCAAUAUCGGAAACGAUAAUUUGAAGGUCUCCUCGCAGCUCCCGGAACUUGGCCCUCCACUAUCACCAAUUGAAAUUUAA